AGUACUCCUGUUCAUUUUGCAGAUACAGACUAACACGUCUGCUACUCUGAAACCUCUCAGGAUAAUGCAUUCCUCUGACUAAUAAUUACUAUAAAAUCUUAGCAAGAAAUAGAAACAUGGUAUGAGCUGAAACAGAAAUGGAUGGGACUGCCUGAAGGAACUGUACUGCUAUUUGAUUUAUGCAUAAUCAGCUGGUAAGUAGCCUGGAAAGUACCAUGGUGUUUACACCAAUCUGCAGAGGCUGUGACACACAUAUUUGAUUUAGAAUUAUUUGUUUGCCAUGUGUGAAUGGCCAUAGGAAUGUUAUAAAAAACCUUCUAAAUGCUGUUUUAAAUGAAUGUGACUCCAAGAUUCCUUCUGGAGAAGGCAGCUAUGAGAUAAUUAUAAGGAGUAAAGACGCAAACAACUCUACUCUUCUGUUAUCAGCCCUGCAGCAGCCUUCCUCUUAUCAGUUCUUGCAAAGUUCACUUCAGCCAUGCUGUGUCCCACACAAAACCUGCCUUUUUGCUGUUCAGACCAGUUCCACUGUCUUUCAGAAAGCCUUUUUCAGUACAGAAGCACUUAUCAGAGCUGAUACAUAGAGAACAGAGCAGGCCUGGAUGUGAUGGAGCUAUAGAAGGGAACUGCACUCAUUACUUCGCAACUUCAUUUCUUCAUCCAUUCUUCAUCUCUGUCAUGCUCUAGUGUGGAUCUAAGAACAUGGAUUUGCAAAGCUCAAUUGAAAUACCUGAUAAAGGGAAGGCUGAUGCUCCUGUAUAUGUUGGUAAAGAAGAAGACAUAAAACAGUCCCAAAGAAUAACAGCCAGUGUCCAUGACAGAGAAGUUGUCGUUUUCUACCAUGAAGGGAAAUUUUAUGCCAUGGACCGUCGCUGUUACCAUGCAGGAGGUCCUUUACAUCUUGGAGAGAUAGAGGAUAUCAAUGGACAGCCCUGCAUUAUUUGCCCUUGGCACAAGUAUAAAAUUACUUUGGCAACAGGAGAAGGCUUAUAUCAAGCAAUAAACCCUACAGAACCAUCAGCAAUACCAAAAUGGCGAUCAAAAGGAAUAAAGCAAAGAACUCACAAGGUUACUAUAGACAAUGGAAGUGUUUAUGUGACUCCUUCGGACUUAUCUAUCAGCUGUGACUCUGAUUACUAUGCUGAUAAGUACAAAAAGACUGAAAGUUCUGAUAUGAAAAAAUAAUGCACAUCCUGAACUUCAAAAUCAGUGGCCAUAAUGCAAAAUACCAGUGUCUGUGUACAAGGCAUUAUCAGUAUCACAGAAUGAUAUGCAGAUUUUUUCUAGAUAUUAAUAUAAAGAAAUACCAGUGUUAAUCUUAUUGUUAUUAAAGCAUUAAGUAAUAUAGAAAUGAGUAAGAUCAUAAACAAAGGUCAAGACCCUCUCUAGAAU